AUGCAAUCAAAUGAUAGAUCUUUAUUUCCUGCUUCAGUUGGAGCUCCAAAUCCAUGUUCACAGAUACCAUCUUUUUCUAAUCAUUUUCUAAUGGGAAAUCACAAAACUAAUUAUCUUAAUAUUCUUUCAAAUGGAAAUUCAUUUAUGGGUUCUCAGAUGGCAAUGAAUUGUAUUUUUCAGACACAUGCAGCAUUACUAUUAAAAGUAAUGGGUGAACAAGUAAAAAAAAAUGGUUAUUAUAAUAAAAAUCAUUUAAUAUUUGGUAGUGAUUUAUCAGUUAAAAGUUUAUCACCAAAAAAAUGUGAAAUAUCUGAUGAAAAAUUAUUAAAUGAUAUUUUGUCUGAUCAAAUUCAUUGUCAGGGAAUUGCUGUUUUAAGAUUGUCAGAUGCUAAUAAAUUAAGUGUAAUAUCUGUUUCAGUAAAUGGAUUUAAGCACGGAGAUAUAUUAGAAUUACCAUUUCAAUGGAAAUCAUUAUGUGUUAAGUCAAAUAAUCCAGAUGAGGCUAAUUUAGAUGGAGAGUGUAACAGAGUUCUUAAAGAUAUUAAUUUUUUUGAAGAAAUUGUUUUAUUUUAUUCAGAAAAUAAGGAUAGUAAUAAUUUAGAAGAUAAAAAUUAUAUAAUAAAUGAAAUUAAUACAAAUAUUGAAAUUGAUAGUGAAAAUGAAUUUAAAAAAAAAUUUAUUAAAAAUAAAAAAAGUCAUAAUUUAACUGAUAUAAUUGAUUUAAAUGAAACAAAAAUUGAUGGAUCAAAAAAAGAAACAACUGAUAGUGGAUAUCAAUGUGAAAGAUGCGGUAAAAUGUUUACAUAUUCAUAUUAUCGUGAUAAACAUUUAAAAUAUACAAGAUGUGUUGAUAAUGGUGAUAGAAAAUUUCCAUGUCCAUUAUGUACAAGAUCUUUUGAAAAAAGAGAUAGACUUAGAAUACAUAUUUUACAUGUUCAUCAAAAUCAUAGGCCACAUGCAUGUAAUAUUUGUGGAAAAAGUUUUUCCCAAAGUUCUAGUCUUAAUAAACAUCUUAGAGUUCAUUCUGGGGAACGUCCCUACAAAUGCCCAUAUUGUACAAAAAGUUUUACUGCUUCAAGUAUUUUAAGAACCCAUAUACGACAACAUAGUGGUGAAAAACCAUUUAAAUGUACAUUUUGUGGUAAAUGUUUUGCUUCACAUGCUGCAAUUGGUUCACAUCAAGCUAGAAGUCAUUUAAAUCAAGAUGAUUCAAAUGUUCAUAAAUGUACAAAAUGUAAUAAGUGUUUUGAUAAUAUUUCUCACUUAAAUUAUCAUUUACAAUGCUCUCAUAAUAUUAUUUAA